GGAAAAGGGUCAAUAUAGAUGAUGUUUGCAUGUUGUGCGAGGAGGAUUCCGAAACGGAGGACCAUUUAUUUCGGUAUUGCCGAGUAGCUGACGCCAUUUGGCAGCACCUGGGCACGCGUUUUGUGAGACAAGCAUGUGGAGCCUCUGGAAGUCGCGUAACGACAAAGUUUGGAAGCUUAAGGCAGUGUCAUGGAGGCAAGUGGUGGAAAUUGGGGCUGCUGUCCUUCGGAGUUGGAAGGCUGCAUAGGGAGAGGUAUUCGGAAGAAAUAAAGGGGCGGUGGAAUCAGUCAGUUGGAAGAAGCCGUUGGUGGGCACAAUCAAAGUAAAUGUGGAUGCGGCUCUGGAUUUAGGAUGGGGAAAACGAGCUUGGGCUUGGGUUGCUAGAAAUGAAGAGGGUUGUUUUCUACGAGGAGGCUGCAAGACUGUUUCGGCCGCUUGGUCAGCGGGAAUUUCAGAAGCUAUUGGAAUCCGGGAAACUUUAACAUGGAUAAAGGGUCAAGGUUGGUCUAGUAUUAUAUUGGAAACUGAUUCUCAAUUGGUGGUCUCCAGUUUGAUGGACAGAAUUGGCGAGUCUUAUUUCGAUGUGAUUAUUGAAGAUAUUAGACAUAUUCUUCAUAAUGAAGCUAGUAUUGAUGUCAUUCAUUGCAAGAGGUCCGCGAAUGGAGUAGCUCACAAAUUGGCUAGAGCUGCACUUUCUAUGACGGAUGGUUCACUACAUUUUUAUUCCCCUCCUGAUUGCAUUGUAUCCCUCGUGGAAAAUGAGAAGUUGAUUUAACAAAAUGUUUAGUUUCCUUUCAAAAAAAAUAGACCCAAGGCCAGAGACGAAGGGGUUUUCUCUUCGGCGGAAGAUGGGCGGAAGGUUCGUUUAUAUUCGGCACAAGCUGUAGACCAGGGGCGGGGUUGCUAUGUCCAGGGGCGGAAGGUUUUUUUGCUUAUCAGAAUAAGUUGCUACGACUUGGAGCGGAA